AUGGCGAAGCACGAAGAACUUCCGAUCCCGAUUUACGAUAACCUAGAACCCGUGUAUGGCGGAGUUUCAUCUCUCGAUGAAGCUCAGCUUCGUUUCGAAACUCUCAAAUCCAAAUUCGCCGAAAUCUUCGGCCACGCUCCUCAACUCUUCGCUCGCUCACCUGGGAGAGUGAACUUGAUUGGGGAACAUAUUGAUUAUGAAGGAUAUUCGGUUUUGCCUAUGGCAAUUCGUCAAGAUACGAUUGUCGCUAUUAGGAAAAAUGAAUCCGAAAAGGUUCUUAGAAUCGCUAAUGUCAAUGAUCAGAAGUAUUCCAUUUGUACUUAUCCUGCUGAUCCUCUUCAGGAAUUGGACUUGAAGAAUCACAAAUGGGGCCAUUAUUUUAUAUGUGGGUACAAAGGUUUCUAUGACUAUGCAAAAUUGAAAGGAGUGGAUGUUGGCAAACCGGUUGGACUUGAUGUUGUUGUUGAUGGGACUGUGCCAACAGGUUCGGGACUAUCAAGCUCUGCGGCAUUUGUUUGCUCUUCCACGAUUGCUAUUAUGGCUGCUUUUGAUGUGAACUUCCCAAAGAAAGAAAUUGCACAAGUUACAUGUGAUUGUGAACGGCAUAUUGGGACGCAAUCUGGUGGGAUGGAUCAGGCAAUCUCUGUCAUGGCCAAGACUGGGUUUGCAGAACUGAUUGAUUUCAACCCAAUUCGCGCAACAGAUGUACAACUGCCUGCUGGCGGGACAUUUGUGAUAGCACAUUCUUUGGCGGAGUCUCAGAAGGCUGUUACUGCUGCCACAAAUUAUAAUAACAGAGUUGUUGAAUGUCGUUUAGCUGCUAUUGUGCUCGCCAUAAAGCUAGGAAUGAAGACAACUGAGGCAAUAUCAAAAGUGGCAACACUGUCCGAUGUUGAAGGGUUAUGUGUAUCAUUUGCCGGUACUAAAAACUCAUCUGAUCCUGUACUUGCUGUAAAGGAGUAUUUGAAAGAAGAACCAUAUACAGCUGAAGAAAUUGAAAAUAUUACCGGCGAAAAGCUGACUUCGUUUUUGAAUAUUAAUGCAUCUUACUUGGAAGUCAUAAAAGCUGCAAAGCAAUACAAGUUACAUCAGAGAGCUGCUCACGUGUAUUCAGAAGCCAAGAGGGUAUAUGCUUUCAAGGAUGUUGUAUCAUCAAAUCAAAGCGAUGAGGAGAAACUAAAGAAACUUGGUGACCUUAUGAACGAGAGUCAUUAUAGCUGCAGUAAUUUAUAUGAAUGCAGCUGUCCGGAGUUGGAAGAACUUACAAAGAUUUCUCGCGACAAUGGUGCAUUUGGGGCAAGGCUUACUGGAGCUGGAUGGGGUGGUUGUGCUGUUGUUUUGGUGAAAGAGAACAUAGUCCCACAAUUCAUCCUUAAUUUGAAGGAAUAUUACUACCAAACUAGAAUAGACAAGGGCGUCAUUAACAAAAAUGAUCUUGGUCUUUAUGUAUUUGCGUCCAAGCCAUCAAGUGGUUCUGCUAUCUUCAAGUUUUAG